GUGUGCGUCAUUGCGCAGAAGCACGUCCAGCCAGCCAGACAGCCAUCCAGCCAGCCCAUAAGUGAUAUGGCAAUGUGCUGAGUGAGCACAAGCGGUUGCUCUGUCCUCUUCACGUGAGCAGCAGGUGUCGAACUAUAACUGCAAGGACGCAGACAAGAAGGGAAUCUCUGCCAUUGCGGAUGGCACAAGUCAAUAAUCAAGGAUGCGCUAAUAUGUGACAUCGCAGCGACGGGCACUUUCAGAUCCCAGACUCCACUCAGCAGCCUCUUCGCUUCCUCUGCAGCCAUGGGUCCAUUUGUAUCUGCGGGGAACCUGUUCUCUGUGCUCCUCAUUAGCAGGUUGCUCGAAAGCUCCAUGCUCAAUGCAGAAAUGAAGGAAGGUGAAAUUUUGCCUCCAACCAUUCAAAAGCUGAUGAAAGGCUAUAACAAGUACCUGAGGCCUUUCUUUGACAAUGGUCCUGUGACUGUUGGUAUGAGCUUGGACAUUGCUAGUAUUGACACCAUUUCAGAGAUCAAUAUGGACUACACAGCCACCAUAUUCCUUCGGCAGCGCUGGACGGACGAGCGAUUGGUGUUUGAAGGCAACAAGAGCCUGAGCCUUGACGGACGGCUUGUGGAGCUCCUCUGGGUCCCUGACACUUUCAUCGUGGACUCCAAGAAGUCUUUUCUUCAUGACAUCACUGUGGAGAACCGACUGAUUCGCAUCUUUCCAAAUGGGACCGUCCUUUAUGCGCUGAGAAUUACCACCACUGUGGCCUGUAACAUGGAUUUGACCAAGUAUCCCAUGGACAAGCAAACCUGCACACUACAACUGGAGAGCUGGGGUUACAAUAUCAAUGAUGUCAUGUUCUACUGGACCAGAGGAAAUGAGUCUGUCAGUGGCCUAGACACUCUUCAACUUGCUCAGUUUACAGUGGAAGACCACUACACUUCUGUGUCAGAGGCUAUCUAUGAAACUGGUCACUACCCCAAGCUGGUCUUCCACUUUGAGCUAAAGAGGAGCAUCCUGUACUUCAUCCUGGAGACAUACGUUCCAUCAAGCCUGUUGGUGGUCCUCUCUUGGGUCUCCUUCUGGAUUUCCCUGUCCUCUGUCCCAGCUCGAAUUUGUAUAGGAGUGACAACAGUGCUGACAAUGACCACUCUGAUGAUGGGAGCUCGCACGUCGCUCCCCAACGCCAACUGUUUCAUCAAGGCCAUUGACGUGUACUUAGGAAUCUGCUUCAGCUUUAUCUUUGGAGCCCUCAUCGAGUAUGCUGUGGCUCAUUUCUGCACCCUCACUUACGGUGACUCGCACAUGCUCAUGUACGGCCACCAAAUGCAUAACUUUGACGACGAAAUGAACGGCAUCGUCACCACCAUCUCCAGCCACUCUGACAGGACCAAGAGACGCAAGGAACCCGACGCAGGUCCCGCAGCCGCUCCCACCGAACUGGCGGUCGACCCCUCCAGCCCGACAGGCAGCGAGCCCAAGCCUGAGGCUUCCCCUCCAGAACCCCCCAACCGCUGUCUCGUGGUUCUGGCCACCCUUCGUAAACUUCUCAGUUUCAUAAGCUGUUGUCACAUAGAAAAUCCCCACUACAUAGACAACUACUCAAGAGUCACUUUCCCCCUCUCAUUUGUUCUUGUUAAUCUUCUUUACUGGACGUAUUAUUUGUACUUUUAGUCGUUAGACAGGAAGUUGAUUUGACUGUCCGUGUGACUUAGGUGUGGUUCCGAGGUGAGAUUUGACUAUAUUUCUAAGCAGCAACAGAAUGAAGAAGAUAAUGAUACAAGAAUGUUUUUUUCUGAGCAGAGCAAAAGUGUUUUAAUUCAACACCUCUGUUUUUGCCUACUUAAUGCUGACAAGUGAGGUCCGAUACGCAGAAAAGCUUGAUGUGAAAUAAGUUGGUUGGUGGCUAAUUCAUAGAAGACGGCGCUGCAAUUUUUCAUUUGAUGUCCGGCGGUGCUGUGAAAGGCUGAAAGGACAGUUCGCUUUUACCCGAUAAUAUUUUCUGAUCCUUUUCUGCCUGAAGGUUCACAUCUUGAAUCAAACUAGGCCAAACGAAUGGACAGUGGCAGAAAUAAAAAGAAAGCAGAUGUGUUUUAAAAACUUGCACAGUAUGGGGGAAAAUU